UCACGAGCCCUACCAUCGAACCCACCCGACCUAACUGCCUCGCCUUCCAGCAUGCCAGUCCAGAAGCCCGCAUUCCAGACCCUGCCUCUUCACCCAGAGGGACCGCGGGGUAAUGCAUGGGGUCUCUUUGGCGAGCAAGACCAGAUGGGCAUGCUCAAUCUGCUCACCCCCGAAAACACAGCGAUGGCAGCGAAGGAAAUCGUUGAGGGGGUGCGGGUGUCGACAGACUGGGCUCUCGACAGUAUGGCCUUCCCAUGCUUUGGGCGGUCGGCCUUCGAGCAUACCGUCAAGAACAAGGCACCUCGGCCGGUGAAUGACGAUAUCUUGACCUUCAACACCCAGAGUAGCUCCCAAUGGGACGGUUUUCGCCACUACGGAUCCAAGGAGGGAACUUACUUCAACGGGUGUUCGCUGAAGGAUAUCCAGACCUCGACGCGCAAUGGUAUCCAAGCUUGGGUGGAGAAUGGCGGCAUUGUUGGACGGGGGGUGCUUCUCGAUUACGGGGCCUGGGCUGAAGCUAAUGGCAUUCCCGUAAAUUGCUUCCAGACCCAACCCAUCCCCCUCUCCGAGCUUCAGGAGGUGGCCGCCAGCCAAAAAAUCACUUUUCGACCCGGAGACAUUCUGUUCAUUCGAACCGGUUGGACACGCGCGUACGAGCAACUGUCGGUGGCAGAGCGUCAGCAGCUGGCCAACUAUCAAGCACCGCCCGUGAUCGGAGUUCAAUCGUCGGAGGAGAUGCUGCAGUGGAUCUGGGAGAAUAGUUUCGCGGCCGUGGCGGGUGACAUGCCAAGUUUCGAGGCGUACCCCUGCCAGAACGCGGAAUUCUUCCUGCACGAGUGGUUGCUGGCGGGCUGGGGCGUUCCCAUCGGGGAAUUGUUCGAUUUGGAGCGACUUGGUUGGGAGUGUCGCCAGAGGGGCCGCUAUAGCUUCUUUUUCAGCAGCGUCCCGUUGAAAGUGCCUGGCGGGGUUGCCAGUCCACCGAAUGGCGUAGCCAUCUUUUGA